UGAGGGAAGAAGCUUGUGGGCAAGGCCACAGCUGUCUGCAAGCCUUUUAUGAAGCCUUGCCAUGUGCCUUGGUGCAGGUAGGGCCCUGAAGGGAGGCCAGGAGCCAGGUUCUUGCCCCUUGGGAGCUCAUGUGUUCUCUAUAGACAUGGCCUGAUAAGCACUGGAGGCUUUGUCCAAACUUGGGCGUGGACUAGAGCCUGUGGAGCUUCAGGAAGGCUGGGGAGAGUAGAGCCUUUUCCCCAGGCAGGAGAGGCAAGGCCAGCUGCUGUAACGGAGCUACAGGGGCUGCAGGGGCAGAUGUGGACCAGUCUCAAGAAUCUUGUCUAGGAGGUUGCGGCCAGGAAGGAGGCACCAUGAAAGCUGUGCUGCGCAAAGCUGGAGGCACGAGCCCUGGGGAGGAGAAGCAGUUCCUGGAGGUGUGGGAGAAGAACCGGAAGCUCAAGAGCUUCAACCUGUCGGUGCUGGAGAAACAUGGGCUUGUAUACGAGGAUGACUGCUUUGGCUGCUUGUCCUGGUCGCACUCGGAGACACACUUGUUGUAUGUGGCAGAGAAGAGGCGCCCAAAGGCUGAGUCCUUCUUUCAGACAAAAGCCUUGGACAUCAGCGGCAGUGAUGAUGAGAUGACCAGGCCGAAGAAACCAGACCAGGCCGUCAAGGGGGAUCAGUUUGUGUUUUAUGAAGACUGGGGAGAAAACAUGGUUUCCAAAAGCACUCCUGUGCUCUGCGUGCUGGACAUCGAGAGCGGCAACAUCUCUGUGCUUGAGGGGGUCCCUGACAAUGUGUCCCCUGGACAGGCAUUCUGGGCCCCUGGAGACACAGGCGUGGUGUUUGUAGGCUGGUGGCAUGAGCCCUUCCGGCUGGGCAUCCGCUUCUGCAGCAAUCGCAGGUCAGCCCUGUACUACGUGGACCUCACUGGCGGUCAGUGUGAGCUUCUCUCAGAUGACUCUCUGGCUGUGUCUUCUCCCCGCCUGAGCCCAGACCAGUGUCGCAUCGUCUACCUGCGGUACCCGUCUCUGGUCCCCCAUCAUCAGUGUAGCCAGCUGUGUCUGUAUGAUUGGUAUACCAAGGUCACCUCAGUGGUAGUGGAUGUCGUGCCUCGGCAGCUGGGAGAGAACUUCUCUGGGAUCUACUGCAGCCUUCUGCCUUUGGGAUGCUGGUCAGCUGACAGCCAGAGAGUGGUUUUUGACUCAGCUCAGCGGAGCCGGCAGGACCUGUUCGUUGUGGACACCCAGAUGGGCAGUGUGACCUCCCUGACAGCUGGGGGGUCAGGUGGAAGCUGGAAACUCCUCACAAUUGACCAGGACCUCAUGGUGGCACAGUUCUCCACGCCCAGCCUGCCCCCAAGUCUGAAAGUUGGGUUCCUGCCUCCUGCAGGGAAGGAGCAUGAAGUAUUAUGGGUGUCCCUGGAGGAGGCCGAGCCUAUUCCCGACAUCUCCUGGGCCAUCCGGGUAUUGCAGCCACCCCCAGAGCAAGAGAACGUGCAGUAUGCUGGCCUUGACUUUGAAGCAAUUCUUCUGCAGCCCAGCAACCCUCCCGAUAAGACCCAAGUGCCCAUGGUGGUCAUGCCCCAUGGGGGACCCCAUUCAUCCUUUGUCACUGCCUGGAUGCUCUUCCCAGCCAUGCUUUGCAAGAUGGGUUUUGCGGUACUCCUGGUGAACUAUCGUGGUUCCACGGGUUUUGGCCAGGACAGCAUCCUCUCCCUUCCCGGCAACGUGGGCCACCAGGAUGUGAAGGACGUCCAGUUCGCAGUAGAGCAGGUGCUCCAGGAAGAACACUUUGAUGCUGACCGAGUGGCUCUUAUGGGUGGUUCCCACGGUGGCUUCCUCUCCUGCCACCUGAUUGGUCAGUACCCUGAGACCUAUGGUGCCUGCGUGGCGAGGAACCCUGUGAUCAACAUCGCCUCCAUGAUGGGCUCCACCGACAUCCCUGACUGGUGCGUGGUGGAGGCUGGGUUCCCCUACAGCAGCGACUGCCUGCCAGACCUCAGCGUGUGGGCCGAGAUGCUGGACAAGUCCCCCAUCAAGUAUACCCCUCAGGUGAAGACCCCGCUGCUCCUGAUGCUGGGCCAGGAGGACCGGCGUGUGCCCUUCAAGCAGGGCAUGGAGUAUUACCGUGCCCUCAAAGCUCGGAACGUGCCUGUUAGGCUCCUGCUCUAUCCUAAAAGCACCCACGCACUUUCAGAAGUGGAGGUGGAGUCAGACAGCUUCAUGAAUGCUGUGCUCUGGCUGCACGCGCACUUGGGCAGCUGAAGCCCCGCUUCCCUGCAUGAGCUGGUUGGCAUGAGCCACACUUCGCUCUUGGAGAGCCCCAGGGUCUGGCAGAUCGGCAAGAGGAUUCCUGGGUUCUGGACUUCCUGGAUGGGUGAGCAGAGGAAUGCAGGCUAUAUGGUCAUAAUAAAUGAGGACACAGAGUCUGGC